UAAAAAGAUCACGGCUGACCUGGUUUUUAUAAUCAGUUCGAACUGUGAAAAAGCACACUCAAACAUAAUACAUCUUCAGUCUAGACUUGUUUUCGGGCUUUCCUCAUAUCAAUUUGGAUUUAAUAUCAUAGGCGGGAAGCAUUGCACUUGCCCCAGUCAAUUUUAACUAGCUUUUUGGAGUCACCAAAAAAUCAGCGAUUUGUGAUCUCAAGGAAUGUCUGGGAAGAUAGGGAAUCAGAAAGUCUGGAAGGCCCGAGACCAUGCAGGACCUUGUAGGUAGUUAGUGGGGUGCAGACACAGCAGACUAAUUCACCAGCUUUUCAUACGGUUUGAAUCUGGCUCAGCUCAUAAGUUACCUGUUUCAGUUCGCAAUUUUGUCAUUAAUUGCACAACUUUUUAUGCAGUUGUGAGAUGUUUUCAAGGCGAUCACUCAGCGGCUAGCAUGCCUCCAAAUUGUUCGAGACUGUAAAUCAGACUGAACAGAUGGUUGCUGCUGGGACAGCUCCCCUAAUUGCCCCCUUUGCCCAGUGUUUGACUUCUAUUAGAGAGUGGCAGAAGGAGUCUAAUUGCAUCCAGCACCACAGCCUGCAGUCAAUUAGGCGUGCAGUGAUCAUUAGACUACAAGUGUAUUGGUUUACUAAAUAUAAAUUCUCUUCCUUGAAUUAUAUUCAUUGCAUGCCACAAUUCCCCACAGAUUUGUGCUCUUCAGGUGCUUGUGGCACAGAAUAUAAAACAUGACCAGUCAACCGCCGACGCUGUGUAAUUAGUGCUUUUGACUGGAAGAGUAUCUGUAACAUUAAUUUCUUAAUUACUUAGAUCCCUAUUGCUGGUCCCUACAGAAAUACAUUCCAUAACUAUUACAAUAGAUCUGAUGCUUUUUCCUUGUUUUUAUUUGCUUUGUCAGUUUAAUUGCCUAUCUUUUCCCUUUUUAAUCUCCUCCCCUUGGUGUCUCCUGAAUUGUCUUGAGGACAUAGUUCUCUGCUUGUUCCUGUGGCUGUGUUAUUUCAAAAAUAUCAUUUAAAAAAAACAGAACAAUCACAUGUCUCAUGCAAUCUUCAUACAACAGCAAAAUAGGUGAAAGAAUGAAUUAUUUAGUAAAUGAGAAACUGUUUUAACUUGUAUCCUAUUGCUUUGAAUGCCUUGUUGCUGAAACAGUUGUAAAGUCAUCUCAUUACAUAGCACAGUGAUUGCUUAAUCAUUUGAUUACUCUAGCAAACCAAAUAAUUGCCAUAGUUUAGUUAAACAUCAUUGCCCAUCAGGUCCACCCAACAAUACUGCACUUGCACUCUGAUGGCGAGGGCUACUUUCAAGACUAUAAUGCACCUGUCCACUGUGCCAGAAUUGUGCACAAAUGGUUUGAGGAGAGUGAUAGAGACUUCACAUAUAUUUCCUGGCCACCACAAUCCUCAGAUCUCAAUACAAUUGAGCAUGUUUGAGACUGAAGCAUAUAUCAUCCCUAUCAUAUGCCAACCUCCCCGCACCAAUCACCUGAAAUGUUAAUGACUAAAUGGAUUUACAUCCCUCAAGACACCAUCCAGAACCUUGUGAAGUCUCUGCCACUUGUAUCAAGGCCUUGAUGGAGGCCCAGCAUGUACAGGUUCUAAUAAAGGCCUGUCAGUGUAGAUUUCCCAUUUGUAAUAUUCUUUCAUAGCCUACAAUGUAAAACAAGCACUGUGAAAACUUACGCGCAUUCAAGGUAAUUUUUUUUAUGCAGAUGUAAAGCUUGUAGUCAUUUAAACACCUGUGCAUUGAAGUAAAACAAAGACCGUGUGAAAUGCCAAUAGUUUCUCUGAUCAAUCUUUCCAAAGAACAAGGAAAUGUCCCCCAGAUUUUGUGUUUCUAUCUUGUUUUAUGUCAUUCUCAGGAGUCGUUGAAAAAAAUGAACGCUUUACUUAGACCGGUCACAUCUAUCACUCUAACAGGGCAGGCAAAAAACAGAGCAGUUGCAAUAUAUCAGAAAGAUACCCGUCUCAGAGUGGGAGAUAGAGAUUCAUUAGCUGCCAUGUGAGACAGCUUGUAUUGAAUGAGAGUGGGUGAUAAGAACUGCACGUGCACAGUUUAAACAAAGAGAAAAAGGAAGAGAGGAAAAUAAUGUUUUCUUCAGGUUUAUCAUUUAUGGAUAUCAGCAGUUGUCUAAUUAAACUGGCUGAAGUUUCUGUUAAAAUUUGGGGGGCAUAUUCACUUUUUUAUUGAGUAAAGCUACAAAUAAAGGAUACUGGUAUUCAAGCUGCUACCGUAUUCAAGUAUAAGUUUAUUAAAGGUCUAUUCAAUUAACCUAGUGAAGGAUCUAAAUACUGAUGUUUGAAUCUUUUGUGAAAACAUCUUACACGUCUCUUUAUAUUAUUUACAAGCCAAUUUUCAAUUGCUUUGCUCAUGAGCUAAUUUUGCACUACUCCAUUUGCUAGGAAAUACUAUUUUCAAAAGCCAUUUUAAACUUGGAGCAACCACUUGAUCCACAGGCCCUUUUGCUCCUUUGCGUCUCGUUGUACUUUUGCGCCUAUUGCGAAUGGAUUAUUUUCAAUCUGAAAAGAGGAGCAGACUGGUACUUUUAGCUCCACUAUUUUGCACCUAUUUUAUGAUGAUGUAAAAUGAAGAGCAAGCUAUAAAAUAGGAUUAUCAAUGUAACUCUGUUUGGACUGUCCACAGUGGCUUUCUAUUCAAUUGAUAAAUCACAAACUGCACUGCUAUUAGCUACUACCGAAUGUUAGAGGGAAGCUAGGAUGUUUUGUUAAAACAUGGAAACCUCUCAAAGAUUAUUUUUUAAAAAUCGUCUGUACUUAGCUUAAACCUUUCAUUUAUACUGGUAUUUCUUAAAAUGAUAAUUAAUAAAAGAAAGACUGCAUUUUGCUUUAAACCCCAUGUCUGGUCCCAUAGGAAUGAAUACAUGAAUAUUUGAGUGUGUGCUCCAGAGCAAAACCAGGCAGGGAUAUAUUGAAAACAGUCAAUGUUUGCACAAGUGCAAGUGAGGAGCAUGCAUACAAAAAAUGGAGCACAGAAUGAUCUUUGAAAGUCUGUCUUUUUGUCUCCAUCAUAAAAUGCUUUAGUUGGUCCUAUUUAUGUACACCACCACUUAUAGAUGAACUGAAUUGACCCCAGUGAGUGCCAAAACAUUUACCUGAUUUUAGGUGCAGUGUUCUGGCAAAAAUUAUAACACAUUACUUGGCAAGAUCCUUUAAAAUAUUGCUUAGUCACAUUCAUGUGAGGUACAGCUUUUAUGGCACCUGCCGGCACAUUUAAACUUCAAUCCUUGUUCCAUUCCCUCCUUCUUAUACAAUUGCAUUGAAGCAUUCACAUAAUGUCUGCUGAAACCUUAAAGUUAUGACCUUUUCUUUGUAGCACAUGUGACAUGCAUACUGCAUUAAAGCUUCAAUCUUUUCCAGUAUACUACAGGAAACUAUAGUGUUUUGGAUAGUACUGUGUUCAUCCCCCAUGCACAAUGCCAUGACCACUGAGAAAACUGAAACACCAAAUUAACAGUUUGGAAACCGUGGCAGAACAGCCAUUAGUUACAAAGUUUCACUUUCAUAGUUACUGAAAUGAGUUUUGUUGACUUUCAGUUUCAACCAGUUUGGUGCAGUGUAGCUGGGUUCAUUUUUGACUGACGCUGCAUACGACCUACCGAAUUUCCUCUUGAGUGUCAGAUGCACCUUCUAAACCAAUCAGAGCUUCAACACACACAUGGGCUGCCAGUGUUCAUGUUGGUGAUAAAUAUGUAAAAUGCACCAACUUCCUUAUUGACAUUUGUAAAACAGAACAAAAACAAGACAAUUAACCCCGAACCCGACAUUUACAAACAUGAAGGAUGGUAAAGGUACAGUAACAAGCAAAGAUGAAGUCUGUGUGGACUAUUUGAACUACUAUGAAAGUGCCUGGCCCGGAGGUAAACUUCUAGUCUGCAAGGAGAGAAAUGUGACAGAAAAGGCAAAGCAGUUCCUCAAAUCCGAGUCCAGCCCAGGAGAGAGGUUCACCAUUUUUGGUUUUUAUAAAAUUACUGAAGAGUGCAUCAAAGCUAGUAAAGGGGGAUGUCGGGAUGUGCUCAACGGGCUGAUAAAAGCCACUGAAGUCCUAGAAAUGAUUUGUGUCAAUCUGUUUCUGUUCCCUUGGAGAAAAGAGAUCAGAUCGCUUAAGACCUUUACCGGGCCCUUUGUGUACUUCAUUCAGCCUGUGCUGCCGCAAGACGUCAUCACCACAAUCCUAGAGUGGAUAGGGUACAAGCCAGAAACGGAGACCGAAUACAGAUUGAGCAAGGACAAUGACAAUACAAGGACCAAGCAAAUCGGGUUCGAGCUGUUCCUGGCCAGGCAAGAAUGGGAGUGCAUGCUGGAAGCCAUGGCUCACAUGACAGACUCUGAAUGCAUGGAAGUCCUUCAGAAAAGAUCUCUAGAGCUUGAUGGGUAUACUGAGCGCUCUGAAAGUUUAAAAGACGGGUCACAGCGGGGGAAGUUGACCCUGCUUAUGGAAGAACAAGCACCAGUGGAAUCCAUUUUACCUCCUGAAACUACAUUAACACAAGGUGAUCAGGUGUCUUUUGAAACUGUGAAUGCUGUUGAGAAUUCAGAUAAAGUGACACAGAAAGCAGAGUUAACCUCUCCUCUGAUUGCUUUAGACCAAGCCAAAGCUGAUAGACCUACAGAGGUGAAAAGCGUGGUUUCCACUUCUAUUAGUGAGGACAACUCCAUCACAGAUAUCUAUGCUGCCUACCCUGACCUUGCUAUUGGCCAGAAACCCAUCUUCAGAGAAGCUCAGAAGUUGAAGAUCUCUGCACAUGAGGGCAACAGCUCAGAGAAUCCCAGAAAGCCUGACUUGGCCACGGAAGCUUUCCCAGCAGAGUUCAAUAGAAUUGAUGACCAGAGUGGCCCCCCUCCCCUUACCAUGUUCUCUGAUUCUCAAUUUCAAUAUACUAAUGAGAAGGAAGCAGGAGCAGAGACAGCUGCCAGCCCUACAUACUUCAAAGACCCAAAAGGAUCAGGUUUGUUCCACACUUCUUAUAAAGAGGUUCAUUGCAAAGAGGUUUCUGAAAAGCAGCCAAACGUGGAUGAGUUAGCUUCAAUGCUUACCAACAUGAGGAUUAAGGAGUGUAAUGAGGAAGACCUGAAACACCCCAUUGAAGAGACCUCCCAGCAUGAGAUGUGGUCCCGUGGCAGCAUGGAAAACGCUGCCUUCAGCGAAUCUGUCUUCAUUAAUGUAAAGCAUCCUGGUUCACCCAAGGACCAGACAUGCCAGAUUGUUUGUAACCCCGCCCCAGUUUUGAUAUGCCAAGUGCCUGACUGCAGAAGCUGUGUGGAGUCAGACUCUAAUGGGAGGUUCUCGAAUGCUGAUGGUCCUUCUCCGGUUUGCACUGCUGAGGCUCUGGGACACAUUACAGAGCCACCUCAGUCAUUCUAUAUCCCACCCAAAAGCCUUGAAAACCAACACUCCAUUGCAGACUCAGAUGACUGCAGUUCCAGUAACUUCUUUCAGUCUGAAUGUAGCUACAGUGAGAACUGUCAUCCACCACCUAUUACCAGAGAGCCACAGCAACCAGACCAUGACGAUGGCUAUGUUUUCUUGUAAAGAAAUGAAAAUUGUACACAACAGAAAUAAGCACCUUUUAGUAAGCAAGAUCUUUCUGAGCAUAUAUCAUGACAAAAUAUGUUUUCAAUUUUUAUCAAAGUCUAAUAACUGUGAAUGUUAACUGUCUAAUUUUCCGAAAAAGCAAUUCUUAACAUUUGGAAGAAUACAAUAUUGGAAUGUAUUCCAAAACAUACCAAAUGUGAACCUAGAGGCUUGUUUAAAUAUAUAAAUAUUAACAUAAACAAGAAAACAUUGUAAUUUACAAAGAAGCAAAAUAACAUGUUAUUUUUAACAAAACCUUUUCUAAAAAAAAAAAAAAAAAAAAAAAAUUAGCUUUUAAAAUGAUAAUUUUACAUUUACUGAUCAUCUGUAUAUUCUGAUUUGAAAACUGAAUUGAAAUAGUAGAGAAUUUGAUCCUGUUUUUAUUACGUGACGUUUUAGUGUAUCGGUUCAUAUAAGAGUUUACAUGUGUGGUUUUAUUUAUCUUUGGCAAUAAUGCAGACAAAGGGCUGUAGGGUAACUCAAAGAAGAGAAUGUGAUAAGCUUCGGGCAGAUGCUUUGUAUGAAGGUAAGCGCCUUGGCGUAAUUAAACUGGGUGAAAUCUUUUCAAUAAAUAUCUUAAAAACAGAA